AUGCAUACUCUUCUACUCCUCCUCUUUGUCCUCCUUCCAGGAAUUCAAAAUUUGAGGGUCAAACGACAAUUCAAUUCGCCAUCGUAUCAUCUUCAGCAAUGGGAAUUCGAUCAAGUUUCAUAUCAGCGACCGUAUGGAUACCAACAACAGACCAGCUACGAACACGCUCCAGCCUACUACAAUUACUAUCAGCAAAGAUAUGUGACUCCUCAUCAAGCACCUUCCGGGUGGAAUGUAAAUAGUAACGAGCACAGUAGUUACUACAGUUAUCCAUACAAUCCUUACUAUUCGCACCAAUCUUCUGGAUAUGCGACAGCUCCACCAGUUAGAAGCAGUGGUAGUUCAUAUGGAAGGCCUCCAAUUAUCAGAGACCAGGAAAUAGUUUAUUCGCAGAAUAACGUCAAAACUUCUUCUGAACCGCAGGAUGCGUAUCCUACUGCGCCCACAAACUGGGAGGGAAGUUUAAACGCUAAUUAUCCUGUACAGUCCCCGACGGAAGAAACGACUACCAUUCAAAGUGGUUUCGGUGGCUCAAACUUUGAUAGUAGAUUUUCAGGUACAUUUUUAGCAAGGUCGCCGGAAAAUGAAGGUGGUAAUCAAGACAAGCAUGGCGUUGAAAUUGCGAAGGAGGAUGCCCCAAAAACGGACGAGUUUUCCAUGAAGUCUGUCGGUGACGAUGGAACUGAUUCAGAUAUUAACAGAAAACUGGCAGCUGGUAAUCCAACUGAAGCAGAAGAACUGCCCAAUGAAAUUCCGUCAACAACAUUGGGUCCUAUCGACGAGAAACUCAAAUCGGUUACAGAUGAUAAAACCACUUCUGAUGUUGUCGUCGAAAUAAUGGGCACGACGCCUGCAUCGGUAACAGCUUACCCUCCGGAGAAAGACGGUCCUCCUCUCUACAUUGAUGCUGAAGACUCAUCAUCUUCAUCGACGCCACCUUAUCCAGGAGCAGAGGAUGACGUAUCUUCUACUACUGCUCGACCACUAGGUGAUUCAACUAUCCCAAUGGACGAGUACGUACCUACCGAAGUUCUACCGGCUGCGACUCCUCAAUCCGAGCCAGAAACGACAACAACGGCCAUUAAUGACUCAUCGACCUCAUCAAAUCCGGACGACAAAGUAAUUCUUCGAUCACCUCCACUUCCUAAAGAAGUUGCUGAAAAAUUGAAAGAGCUUGGUUUCAGUGUCCUAAAAUUGACUUGA